ACUGCUGUGCGACAAACAUGAUUUCUAGUGUAGUUUGUAGUUCAAACAGAAGCUGCAGGCAAGGCGGGUGAGUUUACUAAGGGAUUUUAUUUCAUCGUGUUUAAUAGGUGCAGUAGAGGGAGGACGUGCCCGCUCAAAGCCUGUAUGAUAUUCCCAAAGGAUUUUUAAUGAAAUCCCAAAGGGUAAUGCUGCUGGUCUGGAGUUAGCAAUCGCGUUUGGGCCCAGUGGAAUGGCCGUAUCGUUUUCGUCCUUGGCAAAAGACACUGAGCCAAUCAACGAUACAAUUAAUGACCAAUACAACUCAAACCGAAAGUCCACAUGUUUCAGCGGUGGACAGUUUAGGAAGUCUUGUUGACUGCUUUGGCUAAGCUAAGAUAGCAUGGCUUCGAGGCGCACAGGGUUUGCUGGUAGCAUGGAUACAUCUGCAAACAGCGCUAUGAGUCGAAAGCCAAACCUAACCAACAUCUCUAACAGAACUGGGGCAGAGUCUUGUUUUGACAGAAAAACUGAAAAACCUGCAUACGGAGCUACGCAGGGCAGUAUGACGGUUACGUCUCUGAAAUCUCGGCUGGCACCGACCAUUCACACUGCAAUGUCCGCUGCAGUUGAUGCUCUUCUGGGAGAAGUGGUGAUAGUGCUGAAUGAGACCCAGCUGGAGCUGGUGCACAAGGAGGAGGAGAAUGAGAGGCUCAAAGUACGUCUUGAGGUGUCUGAGAGGGAACUAAAGACUUUGCAGGAUUGUCUGAGCAGUGCGCAGAAACUCAUAGAUCAACUACAGAUCUCUUACUCUGGUGCACAUGUUGUCAGUCAGUCUGUUUUUGCACCUUCACUGUCCUCCAUGUCUUCACUGGCUUCAGGCAUGGAGCGGGACCCCCAGAAUCAGAGGGGUGUGAGCGGGACAGACCUGGGGCUUGGAGGCUCUGUCGAUGAGUCUCUCCAGGGGUUUGGCCCAAGUAAUGAUUACAAAAUGUGCCAGCUUUCAAUUCAGCCUGAUGGUUCUGUGACCAAUCACAGCAUGGACUCUUUUGGAUCAAAUACUUCCCAUGUGUGCUCCAACUCCAGACCAGAUGAGAGGCAAUCCCAAGCACCAGGAUUAGUACAUAGAUUUGAGAUAAAGGAGGAGCAGAGACCCGUGCCAGCAUCAGUGCAGCCCAACAGGAAGGAGGCUGGCGGGGAAGGUGAACAGGGGUCACAAAACACUCCCAACUUAGACCAUGGCUUUGUCCAGUCUUCAGGAGAAGGAGCCACCCAGCGCUCCUUUCCUCAGCCCCUGCGUCCCCAGAGAUCUGUGCGGGACUGUAAUGCUGCUAUGCCCCCAGGGGGGCUCAGCGACCAGAAAAUGGUGUCUGGGACUUCAGUGGGGUCCAGUGUCUCUCCAGGUCGAGCAGAAGAUACACCUGGACCUUCAGGAGUGGGUGUAGCAGUAGGACCCUCAGCUGACCGCCCACAUCACUGCUUAGAGUGUGGCAAGACUUUCCGUCUGAUCUCCAGUCUGAAAAAGCACAUUCGUAUCCACACAGGGGAGAAGCCGUACCCGUGCGGUGUAUGCGGACGUCGGUUCCGUGAGUCUGGAGCUUUGAAGACUCACCUGCGCAUCCACACAGGAGAGAAGCCAUACUCCUGCUCUGAGUGCGGCACCUGCUUCAGACACCUGGACGGUCUGCGCAAGCACCGCCGCACCCACACUGGAGAGAAGCCCUACGUGUGUGGCAUCUGUGGCAAACGCCUGAGCCGACUGCAGCACCUCAAGCACCACCAGCUCAUCCACACAGGAGAACGGCCCUGCUGCUGCCCCUUCUGUAACCGCACCUUUAAGGAGCCCGCGGCACUCCGUAAACAUGUCCGAACACACCGAGACGAAGGCGGUCACAUGGGCAUUGGUGCCAAUGAAGACCAACAACAAGAGCCUAUAGAUGAGAUGAACAACCUCCACCCGGCUGCUCCCUCACCUCAGAUGAGGUUUGAGGAGUGGGGAGCAGAGGAGGAGGACAAUGCAGUAGUGGACUGUGUUUGAAAUGCUAAACAUACAUUACAGCAUUUUUGGGUGAACCUGUUUUAGGGUUUACUUCGCAUCCUUCUAUGUUUAGAACUAAACUAAACACUGUUAGAAAUCCAUUUCCAAUACUGCACAUUCUGGCUAAGUUGUUAAAUUGAUUAGCUUUUUCAAUGGCAACAAAAUCAUUAUUUUGCCAUUGGUGUAUAUAAAUAUAUAUAAGUUUUGUUUUAAACAGUUUUCAACAUUGAUCAAAUUGGCAUCUCAUGCGUUUUGAUGGGAGACUGUCUUUAUUGAAUGAUCAAUUUAUGGCCAUUUAAAUCUAGUUUUAGUUUGCAAAAAUACCUUUUUAAAUCCAGUGUUAGUAUUGAGUGCCUGUUAAUGCACUCAUCUGUUACAGGGUUGUAAAUGCAAAGUUUUUCAGAAUUGCUUUAGCCAAAUAUUUUAUAAUUUUAUGCAGCAAUCUAUCUAAAAACUAUUCUACUGGAGCACUAAUCAUCCUUUGUUUAUGUAGUUUUGGAGAAAGGUGGUAUUCACAGUAACCUCAAUGGGUUACCUGUGAUGGUUGCAUUAAUCAGCAUCACCACUAGAUGUCCCUAAAUACUUAACUGCAGCUUUUAACUUGCUUCACGAGAAAAGGUCAGAACAAAAGCUACACCAAAUUUAAUGAGCUAUUUUUGUGUUUACCCAAUUGAUUAUUCAUUAGCAUAAUUGUAUUUUUGAUUGUCAUUUUCACAUUCCACAGUAAUCUGCAAUCUGUUAUUAACUACGUAAACAUCACUCUUAAACUACAGUGAUUGUUAUAAUGUUAAUGUAUUUUAUACUUGUGAUCAAAGUAUUCUUUUUCAAGUGUUGUUAAUACAGUAACUCUCAUAAUCACUGGGUAGAACUUAAAAUCCACAAAGGGCACUGAACUGUAGACUAUUAAUGUGUGUUGUGACUUCUCAGUGUUGUCUGCAGCUGCAUGUUCUGUCAUUUGUCUGCUUAUGUGAAAUUCAUAAUUUUUAUAUGCUUUACUAUUAAAUACAGUAUUCUUUUUGUUCCAGUCUG